AAAACAAGUUAAAGUUAAACCAUAAAAGUAGUUAAAUGCGAGCUUUAGAUUUCAGAUUAUUUUAACAAAGAAACUACCAGAAGAUUAGAGAAACUAUAUGUGAUUUUUGCGACGGGACGCAACACCGGCGAUGGGAGCGUCCACUUCGGCGGAGCCGAGGGUUUCGGCGGAACAGAAAGAGGCGGAAGCCGUCGCAGCCUCAACCGGAGCUCUUCCAAUACUUCAGAAAGCAUUCUCCAAGUUUGCCAAUCCCGAAACUAACGCCGUUACCUUAGAAAAUCUGGAGCGAUGCUUUGGUUUCGUUCGCGAAGGUCGAAGUUAUUCCGGAGGCAACGUGUCGGAUUUGUUGCCGGUGUUAUUAAAUCACUUAGGUUCGUCGUUAGUAGAUCAAUUUUUCGUGACUGAUAGAGGGGGAAUAAAUUGGGUUGAAUUUGUGAGAGGUUAUAACAAGUGCUGUGGUAGGGUGUCUGCGUCGAUUUCGCUGAACAUGCUCCUUAGAGUGUUCGUUGAUAUAUCAGGAAGAGCGAGUGUGCCUCUGCAUUUGGAGUUUGAAUCAGGGGAUGCUGAUUGUAAGAUUAAUGGGUUUCUUCUUCCCAGUCACGUGUUGUUACUUCUUUCGGUGUGUUGGGUUAUGUCAUGGGGUUCUAGGAUUUUGAAAGGGGAAGGGAGUACGAGUUUGCCAGAUUUGACUCAUUUGGUAUUGUCAGCUAGUACAUCGUGUGCCAAAGUUGAGGGUGGUUUUAAUGUGUGGGAUUGUGACAUCUCGAGCUUGGAGGUUCAACUUCCCGCAGGGAAGUUUGUUACGUGGGUUAUGAGUACUGUGCCUUGUCUUCCGGAUUGCUUAAGACAGUAUUUUCAUGCAAGACUGCAAAUGGCAGUAACUGCAGGGGAUGAAGUGGCAUCUUCCUCCUCUGUUGGAGAUAUUUCAUCAACAGAUGCAUCUAAUUAUAUUUUGACCCAAGGAAGGGCGUGGGCAAUUUCCAUCACGCAGAAAAGUACAGUGAAUGAUGAGAUUUCUCGAGCAUUUAUUAGCAAUGGAAGUCGAUUGGAUGAUAACCUUAUUUAUCGGUCAUCCACUCAUGGAAGAGGGCUCAACAGAUUUUGGUCUCGUGUUGAUGGGUACAAGGGUCCUUUGCUAAUUUUGGUUACUGCAUGUUCAGGAGAUGCUCAUGAGCGAAAUUCCAUCAAUAGGAAAUGGGUUGUGGGUGCCUUAACAGAUCAAGGUUUUGAAAACAAAGAUAUCUUCUAUGGAAACUCUGGAUGUUUAUAUUCUAUUAGCCCAGUGUUUCAUGUAUUCCCCCCUACUGGUAAAGAAAAGAAUUUUGUCUAUAGCCACUUGCAUCCUACUGGUAAAGUAUACCAAUCACAUCCAAAGCCAGUUGGAGUUGCAUUUGGAGGAACUCCAGGGAAUGAGAGAAUAUUUAUAGAUGAAGAUUUUGCAAAAGUAACAGUUCGCCAUCAUGCAAUUGACAAAACAUACCAGAGUGGUUCCCUCCUUCCAGAUCAGGGUUUCCUACCUAUUGAAGGACUGAUUUCAGAAGUUGAAGUUUGGGGACUUGGUGGGGAAGUGGCAAAGGAAGUGCAGGACUCAUAUAAGAAGAGAGAAGAACUUUUCACUGAACAAAGAAGAAAAGUUGACUUGAAGACAUUUGCAAGUUGGGAUGAUUCACCUGAGAAAAUGAUGAUGGAUAUGAUGUCUGAUCCAAAUACUGUUCGAAGGGAAGACCGCUGAGGUGGAUCAUCUUUAUUUCAUCUUUAUCCUGUGAUCCUCAUGUCUGUACAGAUACAGAAAGUUUGGAUGUUAGCCAAAAUAAUGUGCAGUGCACAAUGGGCUUGUAUAUGUUUACAGUAUUGCCGUCAAAUGUAUGAUAAUAUGGGCAUGAGACAUGGCAUUCGGAGAGAGUACGCCCUUCUCUCUCGUCGUUUCAUCCCAUAAUGUGCAUUACAAGGCUAAUGAGAAACAUGGACUCAAAAAGUGUGUCAACAAGAAAUCGCCGAGCGAGAUAGCAGCCUUGUCGUGUCCAGUGUACAUUAACAAGUGGAAAGCUUAGUUAUACUGUUUUUCUAUAUUGCAACCGUCAUUGGUAUUCACCGAUUGUGCGGUUGUAUCUAAAAGUUUCUAGCAUAUCACUUCAAACAACGAAUUCGUCUACACGUUGUGGUUGGCAUUUUUAUAUCUUUGCAUGUAACAGUUUUCUAUUUCACUCCGUCUUAAUUCUAUAUUACUCUGAAGUAGCAGACAGGGAUGACACUACUUUUUUUUUGGUUUUUUCGUCAAUAGAUGAUUGCGUUUAACCGUGUUGUUAAGUUUAUUUAAUUUGAAGUUGAAUUGAAAGUUUUCAUUGUAC